AUGGCGUUGAGGCCGAUUGACAAUGCGAUGCCAAUCCUUUGCGAUAAGCCCAAAAAGCAAGCAAAGGCGAUAAUUCCAUCUCACAAAGAGAAGCAAUUGCCUGAUGUUGGCGUGAAUGAUGAAAACAAAAUCCCUUUGCCCCAGCAAUCGUCUGUGGAUGCCUCCAUUGAUUAUAUUUCCUCUCAAGAUCUCAAAGCCUUUCAAGACCCAGAUUCUCGAAUCCAGGGUCUUGUUGGAGGGCUGGAGUCCAAGGAUUGGCUGAAAGUUUGUGAUUCGCUGAACGAUGUUAGGCGGUUUUCCCUCCACCAUCCCAAUCACUUGCUGCCAAUCUUGGACAAAGUGGUCUUAGUGAUGGUGAAAACAAUCAAGAACCCAAGAAGUGCAUUGUGCAAGACCUCUAUCAUGGCUUCUUCUGAUUUGUUCAAAGCCUUUGGUGUGAAGUUACUUGAAUCAUCAGCCCGCGAUGCUAUUGACCAUUUGUUUUUGCAGCUGCUACUAAAAGCUUCCCAAGACAAGAAAUUUGUUUGUGAGGAGGCAGAGAGAGCAUUGUUGGCAAUGGUGGAGGCCAUGCCCCCACUCCCUUUACUCCACAUGCUCAGUGCCUUUAUUAAACACUCAAACCUCAGAGUCAGAGCAAAAGCUGCAGUAUCCAUCUCUAAUUGUGUCUCCAAGAUGGAUCUGAAAGGUAUGGAGGAAUUUGGUUUGGUUGCAUUGAUCCAAAGCGCGUCAAAUUUGUUGAACGACAAACUCCCGGAGGCAAGAGAAGCUGCUAGAAGCAUUGUAGUCUCGUUGCAUGGAGCUGUUACUGAAAAUGAGGAAAGCAAGCAGGACUCUUGGCAAAGCUUUUGUGAAUCUAAUUUGCCACCUAUUCAUGCACAAUCUAUGACUAAACUUGUUUCUUCUUAA